AUGGCCUUACACUUAUUUCCACUCGAUUCUCAGGAAUGCACGCUGGAAAUCGAAAGCUAUGGAUAUUCAGAAGCCGACACGAAAUACAGAUGGAUAGGCGAUGCCAAACCCGUCACAAUGGACGAGGUUUCGCUGCCUCAGUUUUAUGUUGCUCAUUUCUCAGUACGCGGCAGAACCAUAACCUUGACCACAGGUGACUACUCCCGCCUUAACGUAAAAUUCGUCUUCGUACGGAACAUCGGCUUUUACCUCAUGCAAAUUUAUAUUCCGUCCAUGCUGAUCGUCAUCAUCUCUUGGGUGUCGUUCUGGAUACAUCGUGACGCAUCGCCGGCUAGAGUAGCACUCGGUGUGACCACCGUUUUGACGAUGACCACUCUGAUGACCACCACUAACGCCAGCUUGCCAAAAGUGUCCUACAUCAAGGCAAUAGAUAUUUAUCUUGGCACCAGCUUCGUCAUGGUGUUCGCCUCUUUGCUAGAAUACGCUGCCGUCAGUUACUUGAACAAAAAGAUGAAGAUGAAGCGCGAGAGGAAAAAGCAGAAAGAUGCCCAGAGUCAAGAAUUCGCCAUUUUGCCAAACCAACCUCCAAGAAGACAAAUGUCGGUGAGUGCAGUUGCAGUGGUUGGUACGGCCGAAGCUUCCUUCUACCCCUACAUAUCAAACAAGGCGCAACGAGACUACCAACGACUAGUGGCCGGCAAUCUGAGUCCUCCAGGUUCUCAUUUCGAGUGCGAGUGCGACGUAAGCUUCCAGCCGAUUCCAAUGAAAAUAACCAAACCUCGACUUCGACGGCGCAAGUUGCACAACGUCACUCCGAGUUCGAUAGAUAAAUACUCGAGAAUGCUGUUCCCUGUGAUCUUUGCAAUUUUUAACAUCAUCUACUGGAUAGUAUAUGGAUACUCAGAUGCAGACAUCAAACUCUUCUGGGAAAGAGGGAAGGAUUCUGUCACCAUAGGUGACGAAAUUCGACAGCUGUCAAACUUUGACCUGGUGGACGUGUACAUCGUAGAACGAAAAAUUACACUCAGCACAGGCGUAUAUUCGAGACUGUCGUGUCAUUUCAAAUUCUCCCGCAACAUUGGUUAUUACUGGGUACAGAUCUAUCAGCCGUCGAUCAUGGUGGUCAUUCUUUCGUGGGUAUCGUUUUGGAUCAACCGCGACUCGGCACCGGCACGGGUCACGCUCGGCAUCAUGACCGUGCUGACGAUGACGACGCUCAUCACCACCACCAACAACCAACUGCCUAAGGUGAGCUACAUGAAGGCUGUCGACAUCUUCCUCGGCUUCUGCUACCUGAUGGUCUUCUCGGCGCUGCUCGAGUAUGCCGUCGUCAGCUACAAGGUGAAGAAGGAAAACGACUUCCGCAAGAAGAGAGCCAUCGAGUCAACGCAGGUGCAGUCAGCCACGUCCCCUGUUCCUCCGAGAACAGCAACCGAAAGUCUGGCCCGGCGGAGGAUUCCGCCGGUUGCCGCAAAACAAACCAGUGGCCAAUGUCCGGAUGUUAUCGCGCAGUACCAACUUUCGGCUGCAGAGGCCAUUCCUGGCGACCGCCGUGCUUCUAACAUAGCCACGACAUCGCGUGAAGAAGAACCUCCUCCCAUAUAUCCUCGCUUUCAGCCAGUUUCCCCAAAAUUGCUCAAAAGGUCUAAGCUAAGGACAAGAAAUCACUUCAUUUGGAAAUCAAGCAGCGUCGACAAGCAUUCGCGCGUUGUCUUCCCGAUCAUCUUCCUCAUCUUCAACAUUCUCUACUGGAGCAUCCUAUGCAAGAAGAGUGGCAAAAUCUGA